AUGGAUGUCAAGAAAACGUUAGGUCUAUUAAAUGGGAUAUCUAAACGCAUGUACUAUAAUGAAUCUAUUGAGAACGAUUACCUUCACGAGCAAAUAUUACCAAAUAGUUCAAUCGCUGAAUUUGAACAAAUUGUAGAUAAAUACAGCAGCCUACUUCAAGAUAUUGUCAUUAAUGAUGUCGAUGUGAAUGAUCUGGGAAUAAAGUUGAAACAAAUGCAAGAGAACAAUCAGUUAAGUCCUGAUGAAUGUAAUGGUAUCACUAAGUUUUGGAAAGUUAAUCGGAUAAAGCUGCAUGAUGUAUUAAUUCAGCAAUCACUUUGGGAAGACAAAUUAAAAAGUUUUAGCUGGCGAAUUGACGUGUCUGCUCAAUCGAAAAGUAUUGAUAAAAUCAAUAAACCCACGGCUAUUGUUGAACUAAAGUCUAAAUCUCGGUUACAUGAUCAGGGUAGCGAUUCUGUAUUGUUUGAGAUGGAUCAAGAGCAAGUCCAAAAACUGCUAGCCGGGAUCUCAGAUAUUGAAGAAACAAUAACUAAGUACAGCCAGCCAUGAUUGCGUUCAUUCUGUUCAAUGCAAAUACGGUAUUAUUUUUAUAUUCUCUAAGCGAGCGGAUGAAUUUUAUAUUGAGAUAUUAAAAACAUAUUACAUUGUAAAUUUUAAUUUAAUUGAAGUAGAUAUGUAAGAAUUUGUAAAUAUAGAAAUAUUACUGUUUAGAAUCUUGCGGAAAUGUCUUAUCUAUGGUAGCUCAUUUUCAGUAAUUUUCCUGAAAUUUUCUAAUACAUUAUAACAGCAGACUUAGUCGACAUUUUUUCCCUCGUUGUAAUAACGCACUACCUUUGUU